AUGACCGACGUGCACAUCACCAGCCUGCAGAGGAUAUCACCGGCUCUUCUGCCUCUGCUGACGUGUUCCAGCUCUGGAAAACCUCAGGCCUCUCAUCCCGGCACUUACGGAAGGUGUCACACGGCAAAAAAUACACGUGGCGUAAGCCAGGAAAUGAAAAGGCAGCAGUGCAGGAAACCAGGACACAGCCCGUACCAUUACCUGAAGUGGUUUGCAUUUGUCAGGAGCUUGUCAGAAGAUUGUUACUUCCACACAGGCCCUCUGGGCCUCAGGCGGUGCAGGGCUACUAUAAAAGGCUGCCCAAGUCCAAGCUCUCUCAGCCACUUCUCUCGCCUCCUUCUCCUUGGGAAUCAGGUGCACCUCUCUCCCCGAGGCAUGUCCUGCUACAACCAGUGCCAGCCCUGCUGCCAGCCCUGCGGCCCGACCCCACUGGCCAGCAGCUGCAAUGAGCCCUGUUGCAGGCAGUGCCAGAACUCCACCAUUGUCAUCGAGCCCUCCCCCGUGGUGGUGACCCUGCCCGGCCCCAUCCUCAGCUCCUUCCCACAGAACACCGUGGUGGGCUCCUCCACCUCGGCUGCUGUUGGCAGCAUCCUCAGCUGUGACGGAGUGCCCAUCAACUCUGGGUGCUGUGACCUCUCCUGCAUUGCCAGCCGCUACUGUGGCAGCAGAUGUCGGCCCUGCUAA